AUGUCGGAUAAGCUCUGUGCAUCAGGAACGGAGGUUCAGCACAGACUUCGCAUCGCUUCCCAUUGUCCUCCUUCUCGUCGCAUUGAGUCCGGUAUGGAACUUUGGACUGCUCUUGGCAAGUUUCCCAUGGAUACUAUCUCCCGUAGUAUGGAAAUUGGUCUGAUCAUAGUACUUUGGAGUCGAUUUGCCUGUGGUUGA